UUUUUUGGCUCAAACAAACCAAAACAAACAGGUCGGUUUUGUGCGCGUCGAUUAGAAAACUGCGAAUUUUCUAACAAUUUCGAUUUUGGCGUUUUUUACUUAUUUAACUGCAAAAUGUCUCAAGAAAGACAUGCAGAAUCGCUUUGUCGACUUUGUUUAACAAAAACGAAGGACAAAGUUCCGAUCUUCGGCAAAGAGGAAGCCAACGUGAUCAAUCUGCUGAUGCUGAUCGAACUGGAUAUUGACCCGGACCAGGAACGUGACGCGAUCGUGUGCUUCGACUGCAUCGUCACGCUGGAGGGAUUUUUUCAGUUUAAGGAGCAAUGCCACGAGAACGACGAAUAUCUCAAGACACUUCCGUCGAAGGCCAGCGUCGAUUCCACGGCGAUCGACGAACCGCGAAUGCAGUGUGACUUUCUGGACAGCGAAGAGGAAGGGCUAGUGGAGGAUUACUACGGGCUUGAGGAGUCCACGUUGAAGAGGAAGGCUCCAGGUGGAAGAUCCAAGAAAAAAGGUGCGAAACGGUUGAGGUCAGCGGUGCUCGAUCCGAACGAAGUCGAACGCGAUUGCGUUAAAUUCAAGAUUCGGAAGUGUCCCUCCGAUGGACCAACCCUCGCCGAUUUGCAGGUUCUGCGCGAUUCCUACCCGGAUUACUUCUACUUUGAAAAAGGAUCCCGUUCGCUGUACUUUACGCUGGUCUACUACGGUGAACGGUUCAAUUCGGCGACCUACUCCGAACGGUACACGUACUACAAGUGUAUUUACCGCCGGAAGCACAACUGCAAGGCGCUGGUCGUGGCCAGGAACGAUUACAGCCAGUUUGAGCGGCGUUACGAGCAUUCGCACGGCGAACUGGAGGAACGAAAGGGCCUGGAGGAAUACUCACCGCGGCAAGCGCUGCCGGAGGUUUUCCGGAUCUGUAGGCAGAUUUUGGCUCAGAAAACUGCCCAGCGGCGGAACGCCAGUGUGGAGCGGAAGAAGAUGAAGCUGGAACUAAGCCGGGGUGAAGAAAGUGGGGAGCUUGGCGAGGAGGAGGACGGGUUGAGGAAUGAGGGUAGCGGGGAUGUGUUGAGCAAGGUGCUGCACAAGAGUGGAAUCUUGGAGGGUGAAGACGAUGAUGGUGAGGACGAGGAUUGAGUACCUGUUUAAAUGUUUGUCAUCUUUAAAAUAUAUAUGU